AUGGCUGAACAGACUGAGAAAGCUUUUCUUAAGCAGCCCAAGGUUUUCCUUUGCUCGAAGAAAUCUGGGAAAGGAAAGAGACCUGGAAAAGGUGGAAACCGUUUCUGGAAGAACAUUGGUUUAGGUUUCAAGACUCCUCGAGAAGCCAUCGAAGGUGGUUACAUUGACAAGAAAUGUCCAUUCACCGGAACUGUUUCUGUAAGAGGUCGUAUCUUAGCUGGUACUUGCCACAGUGCUAAGAUGCAGAGAACCAUCAUUGUCCGUAGGAACUAUCUCCACUAUGUCAAGAAGUAUCAAAGGUACGAGAAGAGGCAUUCCAAUAUCCCUGCUCAUGUGUCGCCGUGCUUCCGUGUCAAAGAAGGUGAUCAUGUCAUCAUCGGCCAAUGCAGGCCGUUGUCAAAGACGGUGAGGUUCAAUGUUCUGAAGGUGAUUCCAGCGGGCGCAUCCGCCUUUGGAAAGAAGGCAUUCACCGGAGCCUAA